UCGUUUUAUCAUAUAUAAUACAAUAAUGUUUGUCCUCGCGGAAUUAAAGGACACAGUUAGAAUUCCACCAUGGGAAUUCAAGCGAAAAUUAAAUGAUGCUAUUACAGAUGAACUUAAUAGAAAAUUAGCUAACAAGGUUUAUCUUGAUGUUGGUCUUUGUAUUGCCCUUCACGAUAUUACAAAAAUUGAGGAAUCAUAUAUUUUUCCUGGGGAUGGUGCAUCUCAUACCAAAGUAGUAUUUCGUUUCAUUGUGUUCCGUCCAUUUAUGGAAGAGAUAUUAAUAGGGAAGAUACGAAGCUGUAGUGUCGAUGGUGUUCAUGUAACAUUAGGGUUUUUUGAAGAUAUUGUAAUACCACCUAAUAAAUUACAACAUCCAUCAAGGUUUGAUCAAAUGGAACAAGCAUGGGUGUGGGAAUAUGAUACAGGAGAUGGUCAAAAGCAUGACUUAUUUAUGGAUGCAGGAGAAAUUAUACGAUUCAGGGUAAUAAGUGAAACAUUCACAGAAGCAUUACCUACGGGACCAAAUAUGUCUGGGGAGACUGAGAAAUCGGAAGCUAAAAAUACAUCUCCAUAUACCUUAGGAGCUGCUAUUGAUGAGCCUGGACUUGGACUACUCACUUGGUGGGAAAAUACCUAAGAGUACAAAAAUAGGUUUAGAUCAAUAAAUUUUUAUUUCACAGCACAUUCCAUCAUGUUACCAUAUAUCACUCUUAUAAGUUACAUCCAUGACUUGCGUCGCAUGCGACCCGACCUCCGAUAGAAUUUCGACUGUGCGGAUAUAUUUUAUAUAUUUAGUUUUGAUUGGUAACAGAAUUAUUAACCGCAUAUUUGUACAAUAUAUACAAAGACGUUAUGUGCUAAACAUGUGAUAACACACAAAAAAUAAUUUCAGUUCUGUCAGAAAUUGAGUUAAUGCUAAAAUGUUACGCAGAAGUUAUUCGGUAGUACGAGUCUGAACAUAAAAACGUUGCAUUUAUUGUGCAACGGCGGCGUAAAAUUCUCUUUCAAUACCUUACACGUUGACUUGGAUCAUUAGUGUGUAUCUGACACCGAUUUGUUUUAAAUAACCGUCGAAAUAUAGUUAACAGUAUUAAACACGUAAAAUACGUUUUUUUUUCUAUAUUGCGAUAUAUCAUUACAUUUAAUGAAAAAACAUUGGGAACUUAGCUAGAUGUAAGCCUUAAAUAUAGGAAACAUUAAUUACAUGACAGCAGAAUAUACAUAGGUAAAAUAUAAGUUAAAAACCUUUUUUUCUUCUUCUAAAUAGUACAUACAUGUGCAAUGAUCUUUAACGUUUUUUUCUGUUUUUUUUUCAUUCGUUUAUUUAGCAACACAUCGUCGAACAAAUGAAAAACUUGCAGGAUCGUGAUGUCUCGUAAAAUAAAAGUUCUCGUUAACACGUAACCGGAAUGUUUUUCUGUACUCUUUUUUCGUUUCUUUUAUCUUUUUGUUUUAAUCACUUUAUUACGAUCGUAACUUGUUUAUUAUACCUUUUUUUCUCUCAAAAAAAGCAACGCAUCUAACGCGUUGAUAAUUACGCGCAUCCUUAAAACAUUGAAGCAGGUUUAAACAACGCCCUAAACAUAUGUAUAUAGUCAAAGUAGAACAACAUACGUAUAAUAAAAAUUUAUCACAGUUCUAA